AUGUCUGAAUUCAAGGAUUGGUUUGAGAGUGUACCGUUUUUCACUCGUUAUUGGUUGACUUUAACAAUUGUGUUCAGUAUAUUGGGCCGGUUUGGGUUAUUAAGCUUCUCCUAUUUAGUGCUGGACUUCUAUUCCAUUGUAAACAAAUUCCAGUUAUGGAGACCAAUCACAGCGCUGUUCUUCUACCCGAUAAGUCCGAGUACAGGAUUCCACUUCCUAAUCAAUUGCUACUUCCUGUACAACUACUCGCAGAGACUUGAGACGGGAAUGUUUGCGGGCAAACCUGCAGAUUACUUUUAUAUGUUACUCUUCAACUGGGCAUGCUGUGUGGUCAUUGGAUUACUUGUUAACUUGCCUAUCCUAAUGGACCCGAUGGUACUGUCUGUGCUGUAUGUAUGGUGCCAGCUCAACAAAGACGUGAUCGUUUCCUUCUGGUUUGGGACGAGGUUCAAAGCUAUGUACCUACCAUGGGUACUGCUGGCUUUCAACCUGGUUAUCAGCGGCGGAGGUGUGAUGGAGCUGAUUGGCAUCCUGAUCGGUCACUUGGCGUUCUUCCUUCUCUUCAAGUAUCCUCAGGAGUUCGGCGGUCCAGCUCUCCUAUCACCGCCAGCUUUCUUGAAACAAAUAUUCCCUGACACAAGAUACGUGGGUGGUUUCGGCACCGCACCCCAAGCUAGGGUACCCACACGACCAGGCGGAACAGUCUUCGGAGGACACAACUGGGGCCGUGGUCACACUCUAGGAGGAAAUUGA